AAGGUCUUGAAAUAUUUGACAGAAAUCAAGAACCAUCUGUUCAGAUAGUACAUAAUGAGGAUGAGCCUUCUUCAACUGGUACAUUUCAAGUAUUACAAAGGAUUCGUGGGCAAGAAAUUAAUGUUAGAAAUGCUGUAAAAUUAGAUUCAAAAAAAGUUGUUUAUGGACGCGGUCUUGGGCUUUGUAAAAAGGCUCUGAAUAUAGCAAUUACGAAUGGUUCUAAUAAGGUUUUAAAAGAUUUUUUACAACGAUUUAUUGAUGAGCAAGUUUUAUUACAAAGUAAGGGCCGUCCGGCAAAUAAGAGAUAUUUAACAGCAACUGAAGACUAUAACAGCAAGAAUAUCAGAUCAAGUAAUCAAGACGAAUCAGGGCAAAAAAAGAAAAACAAACGUCAGUGUGCUAUUUGUAAAUCAUGGUACCAUGAUUCUCGAAAUUGUCCUGAAAAA